CAUUGCUUGUGGUUGUGCGCUCUGUGCCGCGGGGUAAGGUAUUGCCUGCUCUGGAGGGGGCACGUUUCCUGCACUCCUGCCCCUCGGUAAUACAACCGGCUACACCCAGACACUUGUCCAGCAGCUAAUAACACCGGGGCUCAAUUCUUUCUCUUCUGUAGCACACAUAAGUGUGCCAGGCACUUCACAGGAAACAGGCGACUGGUUCCUGGGCUGAGGCACUCAGCCAGCCCUGGGUCAGCAUAGCAGACCCUUGUGAGUCUGACUGAGGUCCCUGCAACUCUGCAUUGGUUCACGGGUCCAUGGGUCUGAUUGGGGCCUAAAUGCUCUGGGACCCUGCCCUUUCAAAUGUAACCCCUUCCUUACUGUUGCAUUAACGAGGGGGCUGCUUAUUUGCAUUUCACUGCUGUUUUUUGAACAAGGUGGGGAAAGAGAGCAAAUGCUGAGCCCCGUUGCUCCCCCCAGUGGAGUGUGAGGUUCUUAUUGUAACUGCAGUGUCCCAGCCUGUACGAACCCCCGUUCUGUGCCAGGUUUCCGAGUCCAGCUCUCACUUCUCUGGGUGGAAAGCCACUGGCGGCUUUGUGGGGUGUGGGGGAAGGGAUGUGUGUUCAGAGCUGCCGAAACUUUUCCACACGCCCCCCGUUGGCUGAGCUCAGGCGUGGAGACCCGUAGGAAGUCCCGUGGGAGUGAGAUCCAGAGGUGGGGGGUUCUUUCUUGGGGAGGUCUUGCAACCUUAACUGUGAUACUUGCAAACUCCCCCCAUAAGAGUGCAGGUUUGAACCUGGCUUAUGUUCUGCUUCUAGACACUAAUCGAGCACUGGUUGCUGCCCCACCUAGGCCCCUGCGGUGGGGAUGGAGCUCUAGCUGAUCAGGUGGGGUUUAUUAUGGGAGACAAGGAGCCUUCUGGAAUUGUUCCCCUUUCUCUCCCUUCCCUAGACCUCGUUCUCUGGCUCUGUGUUGUGGCUGUGCGCUCCCUUUCUCCCAGGGUGACCCCACCGAGUCUGUCCCGGGCCUCUCCCAGAGGGCAGCUGUCACUCGAACCAUGGGAGGUGCUAAUAUAACCCUCCUUGCACCUACAGCACUUUCAGCCCUGGGGCAAACGAGAGGGAGAAUGUGGAUCCCCAUUGGGAUCACGCUGCCUGUAGCCCACCUGGGGGUUCUGGAUGAGGACGUUUUAGGGCAGGGGUAGUCAAGAGCAGACCACAGGCCAAAUCUGGACUGCCAGACGCUUCUGAAUGGGCCUCAAAGGUCAAAUGGGCUGAAGCAGAGCUGGGGCUGCGUGUGCAGUGCCGUGUCUGCUCCCCAGUGCAGGGCCCCCCAGCAGGCAGCUGGGCUGGGUUGCAGGGUGCAGUGUCCCCAGGGGGCUGCCCCCACCAGCUCUCUCUGCUGCCGGCCAGCAGCAGCACAGGCACUGGCAUCCGGGCCCAGAGAGUGGGGCAGCGGGAGCCUCUCUGGGUGGGGAGCUGGCAGGUGAGUGGGGAGUUAUAUUCCUGAUGUCUCAGUCCUGCAAUGGGCAAAGCCUGAGGCUGGCUCUGACUCUGAGGAAUGAGCAGUUGCUUUUCUCUGUCACUUCAGUCACCCUCCCAUUCCCUCUGCUCAUUGGCCUCUUCCCCCGAGCUCACUGUCCCCCACUCUCUUCUGUUUUUGUGGGGACAGUGAGAAUUUCAGUGUCCUGUCACCUUCAGGGAGUGUCUGUCUGUCACGGUCACACCUUGUCUGUUUUCCCCCCCGCUCCAUGUGAGAGGAGAGGAACUGAGGCUCCAGUCCAUUGCCUUUCCCAGCUCAGAUACAAAUCGGGGACAGAACAGGGCACCAUGGCAGACUAUCGGAUCCGCAAGUACAGAGACGAGGACUAUGAGGUGGUGCGCGAGCUGUUUGCCACUGGGAUGAGCGAGUACGUCCCCGCCCUGUGCGUGCACGUGCUAAAGCAGCCCUGGGUGAUCCUAGUACUGGCCUGCACCUUCUGCAUCCUGCUCACCAGCUCCAAGUCCCUCCUGCUGCCCAUCCUGGCCAUCACGCUGCUCCUGGCUACAGGGCGGCAGCUGCUUGGCUACUUCUGGACCAUGUAUAUUGAGCACUGCUUGAAGGAGGACCUGCUGGACAUCAAGACGACUUACAUGGGUAGCAAGGACUCCUGCUUCUGGGUGGCAGAAGCAGAUGAGUGUGUGGUGGGCACCGUGGCUGCCAGGCCAUCUGACGAUCAGGAGGGGGAGCUGAUGCUGAAGCGGAUGUCGGUGCGAAAGGACUACCGGGGGCUGGGCGUUGCCAAGGCGCUGUGCCAGGCAGUGAUCUGCUUCGCCCAGCAGCAGGGCUGUCACGCUGUGGUGCUGAACACCCUGAUGGUGCAGGAUGAGGCCCGCCUGAUGUAUGAGCACGUGGGCUUCGCGAAGUACCAUGACGAUGUGCUGCCCACCGUCUAUGGGAGACUGGCCAACGUCACCAUCUCCAAGUACAGGUACAGCGUCCCCCGCAGGAGCUGACUCUGCUCUGCUGCCAAGGGCUGGAACCAGUAUCUCCUGUUCCCUCGCCCCGGAGCAUACAGAGUGCAGAGGGUGAGACGUAGCUGACUGGUCAUCUUGCAGAGUGCUCCCCUGAAGGAAGUGGUGUCUCGCUCUUACUGGCCUAUGCUACCGAUGUCUCAUUGCUCUGUGCAGUGGGGGAGAGCCGACCGGAUCCACUUUGGCCUGUUGCCUGGCUGCCUUCUCAAGGCGCAGACUGUGUGUUUCCCAGGGAGCUGGCCUGACAGACACACCGACAUUGUCCUGCUGACCUCUGGCCUUGUCUGCACCAAGGGCUGGGAGCUGGGCCCGGUGCGUUCAAGGCCUUCUCAGUACACUGCCUUGAUGCAGCAGUUCAGACAGGUUCCUCAGGCUGAGCGUUCUGGGCUCUGUUGUAGUCUGCGUGCACAGGAAACUCGCCCAGCCUCGGCAGGGAGGUUUCCAUGCUCACCACUGGGACGGGAUGACUGCAGGGUGGAUUGUGGUGAGAUGCUGGUAAAUCACUGGUUCAAACCCAGGUCACGUGGGUGGAUUCAACGCCAUUCCCGUGUGCAUUGUGUUCUUUCAGUAGCCUUUGAGGAGACCAAGCUGUCUUGGGGUGGGGUAUCACGGCUGGAUCUAACUGGAUGGGGUGUCAUCAUCACCGUCAGAAGCCCUAGACUGAGUGGACCGUGGGGACUGAAGUCCCGUCCUGUUUGGAGGAACCUCUUUGUAAGCAGAACCUGUCUCCACCCCUGCUGAAAGAAGGUUCAUCCAGCCUUUCUUCCUAGCAUCAAAUCCACCUAGAAAUCUGAACAGGCGUUUGUGUCGUUCUCCCCAGCAGGCUGCCUGUGGGCCGGAGUCCCUCCAUCUGGCACUCAGCUGAGCAUGCUGCCUAAGCAGCGGCUCCAGGGCUGGGAGUGUCAGCUGUGGGCCAGUGCUGCGUUGCCGUAGUGUUGGUGGUGUGGCACUUUGGUGAAUAAAGAAAUUGCUACAUC